AUGCGGUACUCACCCAUUCUGCUCAUUGCGAGCAUCGCACCCAGUGUCCACGCCUUCUAUCCAUAUGAAAUUAAAGUCAGCCCAUCGCUUGAGAUCUCCGCCGAGCCCAAGGCGCAUCGCCGCUUCUUCCCGUGGAAAUUGGUUGAUGAAGGCUCCGCCGACGAUGCCUCGCUCGCCCAACCAUUCACUCUCGACAUCAAAAAGGGUCCCGCUCGUCGCGGCGACACCUAUGCGAUUGUCAAGUCCAACACACCAACCCUGAAGAACAGUGCUGCCCUGGAUCAGGACGGAGAGGACUUUUCAUACUUUGCCGUGGUGGAUGUGGGCUCACAGAAGCAAGAGAUGUGGAUGGCUCUGGACACUGGAUCGCCCAGCAGCUGGGUCUUCAGCUCUCUCUGCACAGACAGUGUGUGUCAGCGUCACCAUAAAUUCGACAAGUCCGCCUCAAGCUCCUACAGCUCGUCAAACUCCAUCUUCACCAUUGGCUACGGCAGUGGGACAGUGCGGGGGUCCCUUGGAACGGACACCUUCAGCCUCGCGGACAUGGAUGUGACCUUGACAUUCGGCACGGCCACUUCGGCAAACGACACCUUUGCCAGCUACCCGUUUGACGGAAUUCUUGGACUGGGCCGGUCGCGUACCGGUGGCUGGGGGAUCUCGUCGUUCAUGGAUGUCGUCGCCGAAAAGAAACUGCUUCCGGCCAACAUUGUCGGCUUCAGUCUCUCCCGCGCCAAGGACGACAAGAAGGACGGAGAGGUCAAUUUUGGAGGAGUCGAUACGACCAGAUUUGACGGUAACAUAUCAUACAUCGCCACUAAUGCGGAGACCUGGACGAUCCCGAUGGACGACGCCUAUGUCAAUGGCAAAGCGUUGGGGCUCACAAAUCGAGCCGCGACAAUCGACACGGGCACAACCUACAUCCUCAUCCCUCCUGCCGACGCGGCUGCCCUGUUCGCUCAUGUCCCCAAUUCGUAUCGCUCUGGUGAAAACUUCAUCAUUCCUUGCAACUCGACGGCAACCAUCGAGUUUGCCUUUGCGGGCAUCAAGUACUCCAUCCUCCCUGAAGACUACAUUGGUGCAUCCAGUACCGGGGGUUGCGUGGCGACCAUUGUCGGCCACGAGUCCUCCGGGCCAAACGACUGGCUUGUGGGCGACGUGUUCCUCAAAAAUGUGUACUCCGUCUUUGAUUUCGACAACGGCCAGAUUGGAUUUGGAACUCUCGCUUCCCCCAACUCCACUGGCAACGGUACUGCGGAGAUUCCCCCCGUGUCAUCGUCCACUGUCUCCGCCGCUACCACCGCUGCCGACUCUCCCAGCACCCCUUCGACGACUCGAACCGCCGCCACGCCCACGAUCGACACCGUGAUGCACACGGGUGCUGCAACCCGCCUCUCGCAGAGUGUCGGGCUCUCUCUCAUUGCGACUCUCACUGGCAUGUUCUUCAUCUAG